AUGAACUAUCUCAUGUCCUACGCGGAAGAACGCGGGGGGCUGGAUCUCGAUUGGGGCCGCGUUGCCAUCGCCGGCGCUUCUCUCGGCGGAUAUUUUGCGCUUCGUUCGGCUGCGAGCGUCCGGUUUAGCGCCUGUGUCGCGGUCGAUCCGCUGUACGACCUGUACGAGUUCGCGACGAAACAUGUUUCGAGGCGUUUCUUUGAUCUUUGGGAUAAGGGCUGGAUUUCGGACUGGUUUGUUGACACCUUCAUCGGCCUCGGCACCCAGUUGUCCUUCCAGACUCGGUGGGAGAUCUUGACAAGUGCCAAGUUCCUUGGAGCAACGACACCAACUGAUCUCCUCCGGACGAUGCGGCGGUACACGCUGCGUGGCCAUCUCGACCGGAUAAAGUGUCCGGUCUUAGUGAGUGGCGCGGCCGACUCUUUGUACCUGGACGCCGAGGACCAUACGGCAGUUUUGUUUCGGGGGCUCACCCACGCUGCCAAGGAGAUUUGGGUUGCGCGGAAACCGGGUGAAGGCAGCCUGCAGGCCAAGGUUGGUGCAAUGGCACUUUGCAACCAACGUGCGUUUCUCUUUCUUGAUAACCAUUUCGGCGUCAAGCGGGGGUUGGUCUCGACAAAUCGAGAGAGCUGCCAUUAUAGUUCUAGGAUGUUAUUCCUGGAAUCGAGAAGCGCAGCAGUGCAACCUCCAACGCAAGGAGCUUGGCAGAUAUUGGCCCCUGGGGCCGUGAACGUGCAGGGAGGCCAUUGCAUAUGCAUGGACGGUGACUGUGGCGCGGCAGGCAGCCGGGCGCUCGCUGAGAGUGUCUUCGGCUGCGAUCGCUGUCUCCGGACCGGUGCUAUGUGCGUGGCUGCAAGCAAGACGGCGGAGCCACGCUCCUUGCAACCGUAUGCCUCUCCCCGACCUUCGUUUGGUGGAGAUUUGGGAACCAUCGCGGUUAGGACUCCUCAUGCGCCCACCGUUUCGCUGCCACCCAACGACCGACAACAAGAGACAUCAACAGCUUAUAUCGAAGUUGACGGUUUUACCGGUGACUUGGAGGCAAUCGGCCCAGCCCUCGGCAGUACCACCCGCCGUCAAUCGUCGCUCGGGUUUUCACUGUCAAAUUUCACCUUUCCCGGCAAUACUCAGGAGUCUUCGCAUACCCCCAAGCAGCUAGAGCGUCGGGAAAGCAACACUGGGAGUUUGUCGUCCAUAUUUGGUGAUAUGCCCGAGUUGAGGAACUCGGCUGCUGCUGGUGUCCUCCCGUCACCUGCCAGUUUCGACGCACCGCUGACUAUGCGGCCCAAACUAAAUACACACCGAGAGGCUUUCGAGCUUGGCGCAAGACUGGCUGAAGACUUUGCUGCCCUGACAGAAGGAAAAUGUCAAAAUCCUGUCACAACGGCCGUCGAGAGGGCACUGGGGGCAACGUCCCAACUCUGCGAAAUUCUUCAAUGCCUAGCACAGCAAGACGAGCCAUCUGCCAGAGACACAAACAGCCAUGCGGCUACGCAGAUGGAUAUGGAUCUUUCGGCAAACCCGUUCCUACUUCAAACCACGUCUAACCAGACGGAACAAGUAGAGACAUUGCAGCGUGGGGGUGAGAAUCCAGGGCAAACUGGGAUAUCCAUUGGUAGCAAUGCUUCAACAAGAACGACGCCUCAGCGCACAGCUCCAGAUAUAUUGCUCGUCACGACGCUAGUAACGGCCUACAUCCUUUUAAAACGCAACUGGCGGUGUAUAUUCUCGAUUCUUCUUGAACAGCUUGAGUCAGCAUCAGGAGGCACGACACGCGCUGGUCCUUUGGAGCUCCCAGAUGUGCACAUGGGAGGGUUCCAAAUCCGCAGCAAUCCUACCGUCCAGAUCCUAGUUUUGCUGGAGUUAACAUCCGGUAUGCUGCACACAAUCGAGACAGCCCUGGGACUGACCUACCCGGCAAACUGUUCAAGCGAGGGAGCGAGAGAGGAGGGCGUAAACGGUUGGGCUGCACUCAUCGAUCCAGUCGCGGUGUCGGUUCGGGAAACUCUUCUGUCCCAGGAGAGGGUACGCACGGGCAGGGAAGAGAGCGCUGGAGGGCUCUCGCUGAGACAAGCGAUGGAAAAAGUAAAGAGGCAACUGGGCAAAAUUUAG